CAACUCCACCUGAUCACCUUCCCCCGGCUCCUCCCAAUUCUUUUCCUCACACGGCCACACUCGUACCACUCCAGGUCUCCAGCCUCCAAUCCAGUCACCGUCCGUGCAAUCUCUGUAUCACGGUCACGACUGCGCUCCUGGAAUGGCGCCGUGCCGCCUGCUCCGAGCCGGCUGGCGGCCUCAACGCCCGUGCGGCUCUCGCCUUGCCGCGGCGCUGUGCGCGGCCGUGGUCGCGCUGGCGCUGGCGCGGGCACCCGCCGCGGACGCCACGUCGGCGUCGCUCCUGGGCAUCAACUACGGCCGCGUCGGGAGCAACCUCCCGCCGCCGCAGUCCGUGCUGCCGCUGCUCGAGGGCCUCGGCAUUGGCCGCGUGCGGGUGUACGACGCCGACCCCGCCGUGCUGCGCGCGUUCGCGCGGACCGGGGUCGAGCUCGUCGUCGGCGUGCCGGACGAGUGCCUCGCCGCCGUCGCCGACCCGGGCGGCGCCGCGCAGUGGCUGAAGGAGAGCAUCGUGCCAUUCCUGCGGGAUACCAAGAUCGCCGUGCUCACCGUCGGCAACGAGGUGCUGACCGGCGGCAACAGCUCCGCGCUCUCGCGCGUCCUGCUCCCGGCGAUGCAGUCCCUGCACGGCGCGGUGGCCGCGCUCGGCCUCGACAAGCAGAUCACCAUCACCACGGCGCACAACCUCGGCGUGCUCGGCACGUCGUACCCGCCCUCGGCGGGGGCCUUCCGCAAGGACCUGCUCCCGUACCUCUGCCCCAUCCUGGACUACCACGCCAGGACCGGCUCGCCGUUCCUCGUGAACGCGUACCCCUACUUCGCCUACUCCGACGACCCCAAGGGCGUGCAGCUUGACUACGCGCUGCUGGAGCCGGGCUUCGCCGGCGUCCAGGACCCCAACUCCCGGCUGCACUACCCGAACCUCCUCGUGGCGCAGGUGGACGCCGUGUACCACGCCAUCGCGGCGGCCAACACCGCGGCGUCGCGGGUGGUGGAGGUGCGGGUCUCGGAGACCGGGUGGCCCUCCGCGGGGGCCACCAACGAGACGGGCGCGACGCCGCGGAACGCGGCGCGGUACAACAGCAACGCGAUGCGGCUGGUGGCGGAGGGCAGGGGCACGCCGCUCAAGCCCGGGGUGCCGCUGCGCGCGUACGUGUUCGCGCUCUUCAACGAGAACCUCAAGCCCGGGCUGGCGUCCGAGCGCUACUACGGGCUGUUCAAGCCCGACGGCACGCCGGCGUAUGAUCUCUCCUUCAAGCUGCCGCGCGACAACUCCACCUUCGGCUAUGGCGGCGGUGGCAGCGGCAACGCCAAUGGCAGCAGCGGAUACUUUAACGGCGGCGGAAACAGCGGCGGCUACUACGACAUCUCGGCUGCGGUGCGUGACCCUCCGGGCCGCUGGUGGCGGGCGUGGGCGCAGGCGGCCGCGGCAGCAGGCGCGGCAGCCGUGCUGAUGGUGGCGGUGUGAGAUCACGGCGUCGUGCCGCCAGCACUGCCUUGAUGGAAUGGCAGAUCGUCAGGGGUGGGUAGGUACAUCAUGUAGGAUCAGGAUGGUGCCGUCCUGGGGGCAGCGGCAUGCCGGCAUUGACGACGAUGACCUGAUCUCGCGCUGCUCGUUUGCUGUGGUUUCUGAGACCGAGCCGUGCCUCUGCUGGGUGACCUGAUGCUUUUGGUGGCAGCUAAGCACUCUUAGUUUGAAGCAGCAUUGGAUUGGAUCAGUUUCCAGCUUGUGAUUGCCUGCCUUCUGGAAAGCCUUGCAAGCUAGUGGUGGAACCCCGGUAAAAUCCUAAAAAAUUA